ACGCGGAAGUAUGUGUGGCGUCACUUCCCACUGCACCAAUAGGCUGCGGAGGGGCGGGCCGGAGGCGGAAGCACAGCUGGCCGCAGGCAGGAUGGCAGCGCUGUGGAGGUCAUACCAGCGGCUCAUGGCCCAGCACCCCUGGAAAGUGCAGAUCCUCACAGCUGGGUCCCUGGUGGGAGUUGGAGAUGUGAUCUCUCAGCAGCUGGUGGAAAGAAGGGGCCUGAGUGGGCACAGCAGUCGCAGGACACUGAAGAUGAUGGCCAUUGGCUUCUGCUUUGUGAAGCUGCUCCCCAGCCCUGCAGUCUGCGCCACGGUGGGUGAAGUGCUAAGUGGUGCUGGAACCGGCCAGGAGCCAAUUUGA